AUGUCAUACGGCUAUCGCUUCAAAUGCAUCAUUGUCGGUGACACUGGUGUAGGAAAGUCAUGUCUUCUUUAUCAAUUCACUGACAGGCGAUUUCAACACACCCACGACAUAACCAUUGGCGCUGGAUAUGGAGCUCAGAUGAUUCGAGUUGAUAAGAAACUGAUGAAGUUGCAGAUCUGGGACACGGCUGGUCAAGAAAAAUUCAAGUCCCUUACUAGGUCUUACUUUAAAGGAGCUAUAGUUGCACUGCUUGUGUAUGAUAUAACAAGGAGGGAGACUUUUGAACACUUGGAUUCAUGGAUGGAAGAUGUUAAGGAACAAGCUGAUGCAAAUGUGACGAUUGUGUUGGUUGGGAAUAAGUCUGAUCUUUCUCUGAGAAGGCAAGUGAGUACUGAGGAAGCUGAACAUUUUGCUAAAGAAAAUGAUUUGAUCUUCUUCGAGGCUUCAGCGAAAAUGGGUCAGAAUGUUUAUGAGGCAUUUGAAGAAGCAGCUAAAGUUGUGUACAAGAAGAUUGGGAAUAAAGAUUUUGAUUUAUCAGAUCAGAGUUGUGGAAUAAAAGAAGCAUAUUGUGGGAAUGUCUAUCUACCAUAUGAAGAAAAGAGUAUUGGUUCGUCUUAUAGAAGAGCUUGUUGUCGCACCUAAAAGCCUAGAAAAUA